AUGGAUGCGCCGCCAACCUCCCUUCCGACAGUCGACAUAACCCCAUCAGCAUUACUCCAAAGCACAGAAGAUAUCGUAAACCGGAUACAAAACAGCACAGCCAAUUUAGUCGACUCAGCCUCCCCACAGCAAGUAAAUUUCGAUAACACGAUACGCCCACUAGCUAAGAUUGAUAAUGAUGUCAAAUCGAGCGUCCAAUACAUCGCACUUUUUCAAGCAGUUUCUCUAUCUUCUGAGCUUCGCGGAGCAUCUUCAACUGCCGUUAGUAUCAUAGAUAAAGCAUACCUGGCCAUAUUUCAGCAUGAGGGCCUUUUUGGCUUAGUCGAUACAGUUUAUAGGAGUCCUUCCUGUCUGCAAGUGGAUGAGGAAGAUAGUAGACUUCUGGACAGAUUCCAUAGGAUGUUUGUGGACAAUGGAAUUCAAUUGGUUGGCUCGGUUCGCGAGCGUUAUAGCUGGAUUUCACGUUGUUUGAUUGACCUCCGAAUAGCCUUUAUGGAUAAUCUGAGAAACGAUCCAGGAUGUGUCUGGAAGACUAAAUAUGAGCUGGAGGGUGUUUCUUUGGCUGGACUGGAGAUAGGUUCAGAUUCACGAUAUCGCAUUCCUCUCACACGGCCUAUUAUAGGUUCAAUCCUGGGUAACUGUCGUGAUGCUAAUACUCGCGCGGAAACUUUCCUCAAAAGCCAGACGUUAUAUCAGGAAAAGAAUGUACCCAUUUUCCGUGAGAUUAUGAUCUUGAGAAAUGAAGCCGCAAGAUUACUUGGAUUCUCUUCUUUUGCAACCCAGAAGUUGAGGAGUCAGCUUGUGAAGUCGCCAAAUAAAGUCUCCAGUCUGCUGAACGAGAUUAGCCUUGCUCUGCAGCAAUUGGCACAGCAGGAGGUGCGGAUCUUGCAACAACGACUAGACACUCCACUGCGUCUUUCAGACUUUGAUUUCUAUCACAAUCAAAUGUUGAGAAAGGAGUACUACAUCGGCCAAGAACUGCUUGCAGAAUAUUUCCCGGGAGAGGUUACUGUGAGACAUAUGUUGGAUAUAUUCGAGACAUUGUUUGCCCUAGCAAUCAAAGAACUUGAUGAAAUCCCGCAAAACUGCAAAUGGCAUCCCGAUGUGACGGUUUAUGAAGCUUGGGAGGCAAACAAAUCUGUCUUUAUUGGAUAUCUUGAUAUCGAUAUCUAUCCUCGGCCGGGAAAGUAUAAUCAUGCUGCAAAUUUUAAUAUUUACCCUGUCCAGAUGGGAAGCGGACUCCUGUUGCCUCAGCCCUGGUAUGUAAUGUUUAAGGACCUCCGAUGGCCAACCGGCCCUUCUGCAGCAUCGAGAAGUGAUUACAAUAUUUCAUGA